CCGCUCGUUAUCGAAGCGAAGGGCAAAUGACCGUGGACGUUCGGGACCCGAGCGUCUGAUGGGACCAAGCCAACCGGCCGCGUCCUGUGCGCGACCCGACAAGGACAGAGCAAAGACGCAGCUCCAGUUCAAUAGGAAUGUUCCUGCAGUUCCAGAGAACUUGGCUGUCAGAUUCUCUAGUCCUCGUCCAAUUAUAAUAGAAAAGGUGAAGGAGCCUGAUAAUCAGAGAGAUCUAGGUGGUGGAGAUGGCCCCAGCUUUACAAGCUCUAGCAUAUUUUCGGUUGUAUCAGAAGAGAAACUCAAAUUGGCCAUCCAGCUAGCCAAAAGGGAUGUAAAACGAAGGCACCUAGAAGAACAAGUGAAACGGCAUGUGCUCGGAGAUGCUGAGGGUAAAUCAUUGCUGCUCCAGAAGCCUGAACAGCGUCCAUUUGGCAUAUCUGAAAGGGUCGAGGGGAGGCAUGCUUUGAAGUCUCGGACACGCUUAAGACAGCAGCAGCAACUUGGUCAGCCAUCCAAAACAGAGAUCACAAAUUCUGGGGCAAAAGUGUACGUCUACACACCAAAUCAGAACAAGUUAAUGCCAGCUCUUCCAGAUUCUCCGCCCACCCAUGAUCCAGGGCCAGGGCCAAAGUCAAACCACAAAAAUAAUGAAGAUAAGAGUACACAGGAAGUCAGAAGGCUGCAAAGAGAACUGAAAAGUUGCAUCCAUAAAAUUGAAGAACUGGCUAAAAAGGGGAGAUGUGAAGAAAUUCUGGACCCUGAGAAAGAGCAGCGAGUUCGCCUUAGGAGGCAGGAGCAAGCUGCUCGGUCCACUCGGAUGCUGUAUGUGCUUCAGCAACAGGUAAAAGAAAUUCAGGAAGAUUUAGAGAAGUUGAGUCCCCAUAAAAUCAAACACACUAAGAAGUCUCGAGCAAUGUCCAGACUAGCAGCUGCCCACAGAGGAGCUAUCCGUGCCUUGCAGAUGUUUGCCACUCAGUUUACUGAUCAAUCGGAGCAACAGGUCCCUGCCCACUACAAGGAAUUAGGCAAUCUCAUUCGACAGUUAUCUCUCUGCUCUGCCAAAUUAGACAUGGAUUCUUCUAUUCCUGACACUAUCAUCGACAUCCUACUACAAAUCCAGGAUUUGGAUUCUGUACUGGAAAAAAAGCAAUUGCCCAAGAAAGUGAAGAAAUGCCUCUCAGCAUCUCAGGGCAAAUCUCCAGUGAACAAUGAAAUAUUUCCAGCUAAAGAGCAGAUCCCAUCUCCAAGGAAACAGAAAAAACCACCUGUCUCAAAGGAGCGACUUGGACAAGAACAGAGAAAACUUCCAGUAGCCAGGAAACUUUUGACUGAUGAUCAUGUGGCAGAUAUUUCAGUGACACAGAAAUUAAGCAGUGAGGUUGAGGUGUCGCAUGAAAAAUCACAGCGAGAUCAGGACCCACCUACACCAGAGAGGAAUGCGGUUUUAAAAGCAAGUCUGGAUGCAUUAGUUAGAGCUGGAGCAAUGAAAAAAGGAUCUGUACUGGAAAGUGGACCUUUGAAGAAGAAAGGAGUAUUGCUACCUGCCAAACCACAGGGAGCCCAGAAGACUCAGAAAUCGCGACCUGUGCCACCUCAAGCAAAACACGCCCGAUUUCAAGAAACAACGUUAGCGUUCAGGCUAAAAGAGAGCAAGAGACUUGUUAAGGAGAACAGAAUACCCUGGGUGCCUCCAAACCCCACAUCCCCACCAGCUUCCCUUAAACGCACUCACAGGGGACCCACAAAUGUUAGUCCCAAAGGUCUUAGCAAAGACCAGACAACUCUGCAGAAGGAGAAAUCAGAAGACAGAGGACUAGGAGCCAUAGAAAAAGAAGCCCUCAGGCUAGCUUGGCUUGAUGCAGAAACCUCACGGAGAAUGGAAGAACUAACUAAUCUCAGUAGAGAAGAAAUGGAGAAGAUCCAAAAAUUGAGGUCAGAAGGCGCAUCUCCAACGCAGCUGGCAGACCGGGUUGAGAAAGCAGUACGGGAUCGUUUGGAACCCCUCUUGGAAAAAGCACAGAAGGUCAAUCGUUCUCUGGAAACAAACACUCAUUUGAAGGAUUCUUCAUUUAUAAGCAAACUGUCAUCCCAGGCUGCUGAAAAAGCUGCAGCCAAUGCAGACAUCCUGAGUAACAAGUUAUUGGAUGAUCUUUUGGAAGACACAGCCCAGGAACUAUGGAAGAUAGAGCGACAUGAGAAGGUGCAAGCCCAGGCUGUAGCCAUGCUUGACAGUGACAGCCUGGAGACUAUGCUACAAAGAAUGGAAGAAAUCGAAAAAUACCAGGAGGCAGUACGCAGGCGAUUCACUCAGAUUGUCUAUGCUGAUUCAGAGUUCUGGGCAGAGGAAGACAAAAAAGAUAGAGAACAUGCAUCAAUAGAUAAAAGGCCUGUGUCGCCUCACCCGAUCCAGAUAACCAGGUUGAUGGGGCACAAAGAGCCAGAAGUGGACAUUGUAUUGGAAAAACCUUUUGAUAGCAAUGCUGUUGAUGAAGAUAUGGAGAUGGAGGAGAAGUCAAAGUCUGGAAAUGACCUUCUGCAGCUUUUGAUUCCAAAUGCGUCCUGGCAGAAGGAAGGCUGCACUUUCCUCUCUAUUCCAAGACACAUGCUCCAGAGCAUUCUUGAUUAUAACAACAGAUAUGACCAGCACCUAAAGCUUAUUUCCCACGAGGCAGUUGGAAGCUUCAAUCCGUGGCAUAUUGCUGAGAGCCUCGCAGAGGAACUGACAGAAGAAGCCUUGUGCGACGUGGCGGCAGAGUUGCAGGAUGUCUGUGAGGAUUACGCAGAAGCCGUGUUCACGUCGGAGUUCUUGCAGCCCACCGAGUAAAUGAUUUGAAACCUGCCCUGUCGGCCAGUGGAGUGCCCAAUGCCAGCCUCAGAAGCAUAUGGGCUCCUCAUGUGAGAUCCCUUUGUCCCGCCUUCAUUUUAAGGCACACAAAAUCCUGCUCAUUUUAUGAAUGAAAUUUGGAAGGGAUUAAUUUCAAGGUCUUUAAAAAAAAAUUAUGCCUGUACUUCCAUUUUCAGAUUUCAGUUUUAUCAGGGGGCUGAUGAGUGGCUUUGAUUAUAAUGAAGCAAACCGCUGAGGGCACAGUUUACAUAUAACGGCAGGGCUGUUAAUCCUUUCCUGUAUCUGUGAUUUAGUUUUAUAUCAGUCUUUUUUAUGUGUGCAGUAGAGUGGCUGGAGCAAGGCCCUGGCACUGACUUGGACUUAUCCAGUCUGUCCCCAUUUCUUCCUUUGUAAAAUGGGGAUAGUACUACUUACCUACCUCACAAGAAGACUGUGGGGCUUAUUUUUAGUUGACAAAUAACUGUUUGUAAAGCACUUUGAGCACCUCCAGGAGGUGUGUAGGAAAUCAGGAGUCUUAUUUAUCAGUCUAGGACCCAAUGGAAAAUUUUAAUUGAGGCAGAGAAUGCCACUGGGUUUGUCUUUAAUUUUUACAGCAUCACAUAAAAAGACAUAAUUGGUUUGUCUGACCAGCUGGGUUAACAUUCUCCAGUCCUGUUAGCGAGCUUUUGAAGCUAGAGGCAGUAAUCCAAAGGGGUGAUUCUCAUGGCACAUCAUGCAGCCGGUGCAAACCUUCUGAACAAAAGCUGGAAGGGGCAGGUUCAGUUUGCCUUGCUGUUGCAGUUCAGCCCUCAGCAUAGAGCUCCUUCUGGCUAUGUAUUAAUGCUUCCUCAAAGUGUUUUCAAUCCAAUAUGCGUAUUUGGAUUAACAUUCAACAGCCCAUGCAAACAAGAGUUUCUAAUGACAGAGGAUUUGUUUCUUUAAUGUUAGCCUGAAAGAAUAUCAUUCUCUUAGGACUUAACGGCCAGUCCUGCAUUCCUUUGUUAUUUCAAGCACCACUGAAAUUGGUGAGCAUUAGGGGUGAACAGGGGAUGUGGGAUUAGCACCUAAGGCCGUCAGACAAACCAUUCAGCAUAUUCUUUCCAGUGAUAGUCACGUCUCAGUUCUGUGAUCGGGUGGGUAUUUACCCUGAAUAUGUAAGCACAGUAGUAACUUGGGGAUGGCACGUGAGACUUAUCAGUGUCCAUUUGUGCCAACACCUUUUUGUGCCACGUGAUAUCUGUGUGUAGCAAAAUACAAAGAAACCAAAAACCCCACAUUCCUGGUUCUGGGAAGCCUACGUCAGGAGCACAAAAAAUGAACAAGUAAAAUGGGAUUUAUGACAAAACAUAAUGGCUAAAACUUGGGUCCAAACCUUCAGUUCACCUCUAAAAAGAAACAGAGAACUCCUACUGUGAAGAAUUCCUUUUGUGCAAUAAGGCCUCACUCAUUACCACAUGCUUCCCAGCUUGAGAUGGUUUUGUAUUCCAUAAAAUGAACCCUACAUUUUUCUAAAGCGUAACCCAACUUGUUUUUAUUAAAGCCUGUAUUGUAAUACUUUGUGCUCUGUUUUGUUGUGGAAUAUUUAUUUGGUGCUAGACACUGGGUGGUUUUAUAAUUCAAAGCAAAAAAAACACUAGACUGCCUAAGACUGCAGUUUAUUUUUCCAAAUGUAUUGAGGUAAGUUUAUUUUUUUUUUAAAUCUAGCCUAACUAAAAUACUGCUGUGUGUGUGAAGAUAUUUUGAAGUACUUGCAUUGUUUUUGAAUAAACGUUUGUGUUUUUAAGAGGA